GCAGAGUGGAGUUAUAUCAAGUCACAAGUCCCAACUAGAAAUGAAGAAGGGGAAAGAAAACAAAUAUUCGCCACAUCCACAUUCCUUCAGCGACGGCGCAUGCUUCCAGUUCCUCUUCUCACCGUCGUCACUGUGGAUUAUUCUUCUCUUCUCACUCACUCACACACACACACAACCCUCUUCAAGGUGAAUGUGAAUCCACACCACUCAUGGAUUUGAGAGGAAAUCUUAAUUACAAGAGAAGUUCUCUCACUGUCAAACCGGUGAGUAGUGAUAGGAAGUUUCUCAUUGACUUCAUCGUCACUACUUAUUUGGGACCUGAUGUCAAGUCUCAUAAUCCAAGAUGUUCUGUUAUUCGAAGACUAAUCGCUGGAUCCCCACCCUAUAUCUCGAGUGAUUUGGGACCUUCGUAUGUUAGUGUUUCUUUCUUGGAGAGAUUGUAUUAUUAUCUCCUCAGAGAUGCUUCCCCUGACCUAGUCUUGGAUAUCAAUAUGUUCCAUAUGUAUCUAAAGGGGAAAUUAGUUUUGCCCACUUCUGACUUUAUUACCCAGGAAUAUAGUCAGCAGUUCACUAGCUUUUUCCCUUUGGAUCUGCAUCAACAGAUAUGGUACCCUGAUAGCUUCAGAGUUGUUAAAGGGGUUGUUUUAGUUGACGAUCCUUCUACGUCUUGCAUCAAAGAGGAGGACUUAAAUAGAUUCAGGUCUUUAACUGGUGUCAGGACUUUCAAGUUGAAUCUAAGUGAAUGUCAAUGUUUUCAACUUGAUUGUCGAUCAAGCAAGGAAGGUGGUGAUAAUUGCAUGAACAAAAUGCCAGAGACUUUUCCAAAUGGGGGAUGCCAAUCAGAAAAGCUUCAACAAGAGCGCAAGAGGAAGUAUAUUGAUGGUACACCGCUAAAGCCGAAAUUUCCCAAUGUCCUCCCUACAAAACAUAAUGCCAAGGUAGAACCUUCCAAGAAAAAGUGCAAAUCUGAUGGGCCAACAUUCAUGCCCCUUAUCUCUAUUCCUGACAUUGGUGACUGCAAUGGAGAUUCUUCUCUUAUUUUAAAAGGGACAGCCAGAAGAGGGCCAUUUGGUCCAUCUGUUGGUGUUGUAGACAUUGGUAUUAGUAAAGUGGCAUAUCUAUUCCGAGUUUCCUUGCCAGGGGUCAAGAAAGAUUUCACAGGUCAGUUCAGUUGUGAUAUUGAAUCUGAUGGGAGGGUUCAGAUCAGAGGGGUGUUAACUGGUGGAAGUACUAUAACGAAACAAUCACGUGUUUUUCAGAUGAAAAUUAGGCAGUUAUGCUCUCCUGGACCAUUCACACUUUCAUUCAGUCUUCCGGGACCUGUUGAUCCAAGACUCUUCGCACCUAACUUCAGGCCUGAUGGCAUUUUUGAAGGAGUUGUAAUCAAGCAGUAGUUAACGGGCAAGAGUUGGGUAUCUAGCUUUUGUGAGUAAUUCUAGAUUUCCCAAAGAGUGAGAGGAACCAAGAUAUUUUUUCUUUUGUGAGAAGUGAGAAGCCAGAUUACUUCAGAUGCUAAAAUUGACAACGAACUACUAGUUUUGUUCAUGAGGAAAUAGAAUGAUCUAGUUAGUUUAGUAAACUAAAGAGUUCGCAUGUGUAUGAAAUGAAAGGAAGCAUGGAUUUUUCUUUAAUUAAAGGGGUGAAUGUGUAACUGGGUAGUGAGAUUGGAAUUGCUGAAUAUCAUCUUAUUCAUCUGUGACUCUGACCCUCUCGCUGCAAAAGUAGCACAGAAAAAGUCGAUGGGAAAAAUAUCGAUUGAAUUUAAUAAACUUCUAUGCCUCCAAAUCUUUCA